CGACAGGUCUCCGGUGCUGGCGAUCAUGGCGCUCUUGGAGGUGUGCGGAGCCUCCCGAGGGCAGCGCGAAGACUGGGCUCUCCCCGGCGUGGGAAGCAGGCACCGGUCGGACGUGGGACACUACAGUUUCUCUAAGCGAUCUCCGGAGCUUGCCCUCCCCCGGGGAAUGCAGCCAACUGAAUUCUUCCGGUCCCUGGGUGGGGACAGAGAAAGGAACGUUCAGAUUGAGAUGGCCCAUGGCACCACCACGCUGGCCUUCAAGUUCCAGCAUGGAGUGAUUGUGGCAGUGGAUUCCCGGGCCUCCGCUGGGAGCUACAUUGCCAACUUACGGGUGAACAAGGUGAUUGAGAUUAACCCUUACCUGCUUGGCACCAUGUCUGGCUGCGCAGCUGACUGUCAGUACUGGGAGCGUCUGCUGGCCAAGGAGUGCAGGCUGUACUACCUGCGGAAUGGGGAACGAAUCUCAGUAUCAGCAGCCUCCAAACUGCUUUCUAACAUGAUGUGCCAGUACCGGGGCAUGGGCCUCUCCAUGCGCAGCAUGAUCUGUGGCUGGGACAAGAAGGGUCCUGGACUCUACUAUGUGGAUGAAAACGGGACUCGGCUCUCAGGAAAUAUGUUCUCCACUGGUAGUGGGAACACUUAUGCCUAUGGGGUCAUGGACAGUGGCUAUCGGCCUAAUCUUAGCCCUGAAGAGGCCUAUGACCUUGGCCGCAGGGCUAUUGUUCAUGCCACCCACCGAGACAGCUAUUCUGGAGGAGUUGUCAAUAUGUACCACAUGAAGGAAGAUGGUUGGGUGAAAGUGGAAAGCACAGAUGUCAGUGACUUGAUGCACCAGUAUCGGGAGACCAAUCAGUAAUGGUGGCAGAGCUGGGCAGGUCUCUUCUGGGAGAGCCUUGCCGACUCAGGAAACUGGGUCAGCUUAAGCUCCAGGAGAAGGAGGGGCCUAACCUGAGCCCAGAGAAAUUGGCUUGUUGGCCAGUGGGAGCUGGCAGGGUUUUCCUCCUUCUGUAUGUUCUUUAUUUCAGAGAGCACCUCGCCCCCACCCUGCAUCUUCUGGGUGUCCCAUUAAGCACAAUAAAGGAAAACAGUUAUAAAUGA